AUGUCACUCUGCGACGACACACUCCUGUGUAAUUUCCCAAAGUGUCGGACCAAACUGAGUGGAUUCGUCUGGGUCACAGCCUGCUCACAUGUUUUCUGUGACCAGCAUGGAUCUGGUGAGUUCAGCCGAUCCCCCGCCAUCUGCCCGGCCUGCUCCUCUGCGCUGUCCGGGAAGCUGGACAUUGUGAGGACAGAGCUGUCACCCUCUGAGGAGUACAAAGCCAUGGUGCUGGCAGGUCUGCGACCAGACGUCGUUCUGGAUAUCAGUGCUCGUGCUCUGGCCUUCUGGAGCUACCAGGUCCAUCAGGAGCGAAUCUAUCAAGAGUACAGUCUGUCACGGGCCGACACACAACUGAAACAGAUGGAGAAGGUGCUGACCCAGCAGAACCAAAGCAGAGAACUGGAGCUCAACGCCAUGAGGGGGGAAAUAGCCUCCCUGAAGAAAGUGAUGGAGGAGUAUAAGAGGAAGUACAGUGAGGUGUCUGAGCGACUGAUGGAGAGGAACAGACAGUACCAGAAACUACAGGGGCUGUACGACUCUCUGAGGCUGCGUAACAUGGUGGUGGGUGUUGGGGAAAGAGACACACUGCCACAAUCUGGAUUUCAAGACUUCAACACAGGGGCGGCUCAGCAGUCGACUCCCCAGAGAAGCCCUCAGUCCUUCUCCCUCGGCCCCGACAGGGACGGCCGAUUCUUCUCCUGCCUGGAGGCUGAUGGAGCCAAGACCUUCUUCCAGUUCAGCUCCCCUGCCAGGGAGAAAGGCCGAUCCUUCAUCAGUAAUCACUGAGAGGAACAGGUUUCAUUAGUUACAAUUAUUCAUGUGACUGUUGGACUGUGCUCUGUUGGUUUGUUAGCUAUCUAGUUGCAGGUUUUUGCCUUAAGUGCAUUUUGCCAUAGUUAUGGUAACUUUGAACCUUAAAUGUGUUUUGAACAGUUAUAUGACAUAAAUGUUGGCUUUUAGUCGUCUCUGUACGUUUGGGUUAUAGUAAAGUUCAACAUCUGGUAUGUCUUUUCUCAGAGCACUGCCUGACGCUGUUUUGUAGUUUAGAGUGGAUGUGUUCCAAUACAAAUGUUACUUUAAUUUACAGUAUGCCAGAAGUGCAUAGUAUGUCAAUGCAGUAUGGCAAAAAUACCAGGUUGUCCUACUGCAUCCAGUUAUAGUAUGCUUUGUGGCCAUUUUGACCCUCUGUCCUCAGAUACCUCACAGUGCCUUGCACAAGUAUUACAAAGCUCGAGCUGCCAAAAGUGCACAGAAAGAUGGUAAAGCUUACGGCACAAUAUUAUAAUACAACAUAUACAAAUAAGUAUGUUCCAAUUGUACUGCAUGAGACAGUAUGUUCUUUGUUAGGUCAAU